GUAUCUCGUUUAGGCCCACACCCCCCCUAACCUCUAUCAACUAACAAGCCUUGAGAUUUGCUGGGUCUGAACGGAAUCCUUCCCAUGACUACCACUACGUUCAUCGAGGUUCAUGGAACCCCCCCGUAGGCAGUAGCAGGUAAUAGAGACGUUUCCGCAGCAAUACUAACUACGCCGGCAGUCUGGGUUUCUCAGCCCGGGGGCCACCCCUGCCCUUCCCACCAACAUGGUCCGGUCAGCUAAGGAACCGCGCACCAUUCACCUCAUCCAUCAUGAUGGGCUGUGUUUCGUAUAUUUUGACAUAUAUAAGAUGUUCAACUCCCUGGUUUUGAGGCAUCUCUCAUUCCUCAUCAUAACAGCAAGAACGUCAAAGAACAUUAACAAGAUCAAAGCAAUAAUACAAAUCCUCCUCCAACCUCGCCUCUCAAACAAGACAUAUCAUUACCUCGCAACAACACCAUCUCUUGCUUCACUUUUCCUUAACUGUUGCUUUUCAUUAUUGUAUCAUCUAAGAUUUCGUCUCUCUCUCUCUCUAUAUAUACCUCACUAUAAACUCAACCGCACAAUAAUCACAAUGGCUGCUUUCACUUUCACCACCGCUUCUGGCCCUGCCAACUUCGGCCGAAGCGGCUACAACAAAGACGGAGACUCUGAGGACGACAAGCGAAACUUUGGACGCAGCGGAUACAACAAGGGUGACGACGAAGACGACAAGAAGAACUUCGGACGAAGCGGCUACAACAAGGACGGCGACGACGAAGACAGCCGGCUCAGCAACUUCGGCCGGAGCGGCUACAACUAAAGAAAGAGAUAGUCCAGCAGCGCUCGACUGUGACCCGGCCUUUUGUAUCACCAACUCGAUCUCAUUGAUUUUCUGUACCACCAACGACAAACGAAACAGCAUUUAGAGAGCAUCAAUUUUUUUUGUCUUCGGCAUUUUGAUAUCAACUUUCAUACUAUUCGGAACUGGACGAUACCACGCAUAAAAGAUUCAUACCAUAGAAAAACCAUAGACGCGCAAGCACACACACCACC